UUCCGCCGUGAACGGUUGUGCCUUGUGAGUCACAAGACAACCAUUCACAAGUUGAAACUACCUUCCGAUUUUAUUAUUAUUAUUUCUUUUUUUUUAUAAAGGUGAUAAAGCGAUUGAUUGAAGUGAUUUUGAUUUAUAUCUUAAAAAUAGUGAAAUGAGUAAGAAACUACUAAAAAUGAACAAAAAGCAAGAAAAACUAGCUCAAAAAAGAGAACAUAAGAAGCGAACUGACACUGAUGAUAAAGAAAUUGGCAAUACUGAAGACGUGCCAAAGAAAAAGAAACCUAAAUACAAAAAGAAAAUACGUAAAGAUACAGCUGGCACUGAAAAAGUAGUUAAAAAGGUAAAACAGAGAUUAUUGGGUGAUCUUCCGGAGUCUACAUCGGAAUUAACUCCUGAAGAUAUGCUGACUUGGGCAGAGUUUAACUUGCAGGAGCCUAUCAUAAAAGCUUUGACGGAACUGGGGUUCAGACAGCCGACUAAAAUACAAGAGUUGACGCUACCAGCUGCUAUUCAUGGGCGUAGAGACAUCCUUGGCGCAGCAGAAACAGGCAGCGGCAAAACCCUAGCCUUUGGCCUGCCAAUUUUAUGCGGUAUCCUAAAACUAAAAGAGAAGGUUGAGCUAAAAGAUGUCUAUGAAAUAUUAGAAGAAUAUGAUGUUCCUGUAAGAAAAAGGGAUAAUUAUAUACAUUUGUCUGAUUUGUUGGACUCUGAUAAUCUGGCUGACAAUAGUGAUGAUGAAGGGGCUGAUGAUGAAGAGGAAAGUGAAGUUGACGAUGACGAAGAUGAGGAUGAGGAAAGUGGUGAUGAAUUAGGUGCAGAUGAUGAUGACGAUGUUGAAAGUGGGGAUGAUGAAAUCAACGGUGAUGGAAGCGGGGAUGAUGAAGAUUUAGAGGAAGAAGAAAAUUAUGAUGGUGAUGAAGUCAAUGAGGAUGAACAAG